GCCCGCACCAACAGGUCCUGACACCUGCCCGUGCCUCUCCUGUGCCGCCUGUCACAGGCGGUGUCACAGCUGCGACACCUGUGCCUAAAUAUAAAGCAGGAAAAACCCCCGCGAACCCGUGACUCUGAUUUUGAGCAAUAAUCCUGGGUUUUAUUUGAGGCUGGAUUCCGGCAGCACUGAGGUAUUUCAGUUCGGUCACUUGGCUGCCGCCCCAGGACUCAGAGUUGCGUUUCUGGCCAAUCCCUUGGCGUGAAUAUUUCUAUGGCAGCACCUUCCUCCUAUUUAUAUACAAAAAGGCUGGAAGUAAAACCUUGGUUUUUUCCCACCCUCUGGACCAUGCCCUGAGCUGUUCUCAGGAACCAUAACUGACCUUGCUUUAUUUGUUCUCUUGGGCUUAUCUUGCACAGAUCGAUAGACCCGUGCCUUGGCUUUCACCUUCUGCCUUUGUCACGGCCUGGCUGUGCCUCGCUCUUUCCCGAACGCCCCUUUCCCUCUGUUUUUGACAAUGUGUGCGCUCCUCAUGCUCUGUUUUGAGCAGUUCCCCGGUGAUUACACAGUGACUGAAGGGAAAACCACCCCUGAGCUCAGGAGUGAUUUUCAAACCUCAUGUUGUGUGACCUCCGAGCCGUACAAUCCACGCGCUGUUCCUGUUAAACUCCUGUAAACAAGCGCUGCCUUUCCAGCCCUGAUCACUCCCAGCUGCCUUCCAGCAUGGAACCCUGAACCGAGCAAUUAACAGGCAGCCCUCACAAAAAUAGCUUUUAAACAUAUGCAAGCCCAGCAAUCCCCUUGGGACUGGAGAAGGCCGGGGUGUGCUUUUCCCCAGAUUCCUGCACUGCUCCCAUCCCACAGCUAUGGGCUGGGGAUCAGUGUCAGGACAGAACCGUCCUGUUUCCCCCUUGGAGACAGCAUGGCUUCGUGGAGCCAAGGAAAAACAAGUGUUGCUAAAUUUAAGCCUCAAGCUAAACCUCAGGUUCCUAUAGAACCAGUUUCGUGUCCCGGCUGUUGCAGCUGUCUCGCUGCCGCUGUGUUUUCAGCUGGUUCAAAUGUCCCCGAGGAUGGAAGAGCCUGGGCACUCACAGCUUUGGCUCAUGCUGAUCCACUUACUGCUGUUUAAAGGGUACCAGGUAAUCGUGUUGAUAUAACAUUUUUAACGUUUUCACUCUUUGUCUGCUCACCGAACAGUUUUGUAUCUGAAAAAAAAAAAAUCACAAAAAAUUCUGGAGUAUUUUAAGGUGAUGAAAGAACUUCGCAGAAUUGAUGUUAUUGGGAGGUUUCCCUGAAAAAGUACAAAGGUGGACGAAAAUUGCUACAGGAAUUUAAAAAAAGGCCAUAGCAGAUUGUGGGAGGAGACCACAAAGUAUUUCCAGACUAGCACAGGAGUGGGGUAGAACCCUCAAAUCCCCUUCUCUCAAAUAAAGAUUAAGAAUUCCUGUUCUAUUUUUGCAGGUAAUCUUAUGAAUGAAAGAGCUGAACAGAUUGUUCAUGAAUUCUUGAGGGCACCUAGGUUGAAGCAGUGGAGAGAAUGGAGCCGUGGAGAUGUCCCGGAGGAGCCCUUUUGCCUCCUGGCUCUGUGCCAUGCUCCACUGCUUUGGGAGCUACAUCCUGGCUGACCUGCUGCUGGGAGAGGCUCCCGUCGCCUACUUCAGCCACAACUCCAGCGUCAUCCUGGCCACAGCAGUGUGGUACCUGAUAUUCUUCUGCCCCAUGAACCUCUUCUACAAGUGUGUCAGCUUCCUGCCCGUGAAGCUGAUCCUGGUGGCCAUGAAGGAGGUGGUGCGGGUGCGCAAGAUCUCGGCCGGGGUGCACCACGCUCACCACCUGUACCACCACGGCUGGUUCGUCAUGGUGGCCACGGGGUGGCUCAAAGGUUCUGGUGUGGCCUUGAUGUCAAACUUUGAGCAGCUGCUGCGUGGGGUCUGGAAGCCUGAAACAAAUGAAAUUCUUCAUAUGUCCUUCCCUACAAAGGCCAGUCUGUAUGGCACAGUCCUCUUCACCCUGCAGCAGACCCACUGGCUCCCCAUCUCUGAAGCCAACCUCAUCUUCUUUUUCAGCAUGUUCAUGAUAGUCUGCAAGGUUUUCAUGACGGCCACUCACUCCCACGCCUCACCCUUUGCUCCUCUGGAGAACCUCCUCUGCCCUGUCCUCUUUGGCUCUGUCCCCAGCGGCCACCCAAGCCACCACCACGACCACCACGAGGUUUCCCACCCUCCUCCUCCUCCUCCUCCUGCCAAGUCCAAAGAGGAGCUGAACGAAGGCACCAGGAAAAGGAAGGCAAAGAAAGCUGAAUAAAAAAAGCGACGGCGCAGAAAAUAGGCCAAGAAAAUUCUUCCAGAGCUGAGUCUCAAAGCCACCUGUGACCUCCUUUAUGCUCCAGCCCUUCUCUCUCAGACUCCCAGAGGAGAGGGGGAAGCCAGGACACUGCCAGCUGGGUCCCUGAAUUUCAUUUUUGCUCUCUGUGCUGCUGCUUGCUUCUUGGUCUCUGCCUCUCUCUAUUCUGAUCAGGUUUUCAGGGAUUUGGAGGUUUGUGCCAGGGUGGGACGUGGGUGCCACUUCCCAAACUGGCAGCAAAUCUGAUGCAGCAUUUUCAAUUGGUGUAAAAUCUUUCACUGUGUUUAUUUAUGAAUGGUUUGUGCUCCUGCAACUCUUAAGCUCCUUGGAAUUUUCACUGACCUUCUCAGUGUCUGCCAAAACAACAAACUGUUAAGGCCACAAUGUGAAAAUCAGGUUUCAUACUCAAGGAAAUGAAAUGUUCUGGUAUGAGCCUGCUCUGGUUUAUCCCAGCUCCCACAGCUGCCAUAUCUCCACAUCAUGUGACAUUUUAAAUGCAAUAAUGACGUGGCCUUUGAGCCAAACCCUGUUCACCUCAGCUCCCUCAGGUUCUGAUGGUCAGGCCAUUGAUUUGCUCAGCCAGCCCUGUGUUUGCAGGAGCUCUGAGGCUGUGUUGGCACUGUCACCGUGCUGGGCUCUGUGUGGCAUUGCUGAGUCCCAGCCCAACCUCAAAACCUUGAACCAGGGGAGAAGCAUGGCUCUGGUUUGUUUGUGACCCUCUGGGAUGCAGGAAGAGUGUGUGUGAGUGUAAGUAUUUAUUAUUAUUUAUUUGUAAUUGCCAGGGCACCUAAGGCAAGGACCUGAAUCUGGCUUUUUUUUUUUUUGAACUUUUAGUUGUGGCCCUGAGCCCACAGCUGGUUUGGUGAUCCUGGAGUGCUCCAGGACAUCCUGAACACUCCCUGGGGGCAGGAAAAAACCUUUCCUACAUUCUUAAAUUCACAUUAAAAGGCUGAAGCAGGGCAUUUCACACCAGCUGAUGAUAAAACUACCUUAAAGGACUGAUAAAAAUCAGCUGAAAAUCCUGAUUACCUUCUGCAGGUGCCCUGGGGCCAAACUGCUGGGCUGUGGAUGCAGCUUGUGCCCAGUGAGUGAAGAACCUGAACUGCCCUGCGUGGCUCAGGAGGGCUCUGCCAGCUCGUUUGUGUUACACUGGCUUUUAGAGUAGUCCAAAGCUGUUCUUAUCACUGGUUUUCUUCUUAUCAACGGCAUCUUCCAAGGGCUGGCAUCACCCCAGGGGCAGUGGCAAACCUGGGGAUGCAGCACUGGGCAUUUUCCAUCCCUGGCACUGAGGUUUUGCUUGCUGGGAAUGGAAACGGGAUUGGAGAGAAAAGAGGGUUUGUGUGUGUGUGUCCCUGUUCAAAACUGCUGAUGGUUAAUUAAUUGAUUAAAGAUAAGAAACCCUCCUUGUGUGUGCAAGCAGGAGGAAAAGUCAGAUGUGUGGGUUUGGGGUUUGACAGUGCCUUAAUGUUGUGAGUUUCCCUCCCCUUGAGCAGAGAGCAGGAAUUCUGCUUUCAGCUCUGCUGGACCCUGAUGUGUCACGAGCAUGCACGAGACUGAAAUAAAUGUUCUACGAGGCGUCUGAUCCAAGGGGAAUUUUGUUUUAUAAAAGCUGUCAACAAAUAAAAAAAAUGGUGAAGUGAU